CUAAAAUAAUGGCUCAUCAACCACAGAAACCCCAUAAGAUUAGGAGCUAACCACAUCUUCUAUAUAUAUAAGCAAAGUCAACAAAAUUAGGCAACAGAGUUUCAUUUCACAAAUUACACCCAAAAAACAAAUCUCUGAAAAGAGCUGAAAUUCUUUGAUUGAUCAAUGAAAACGAGUAGCAGUUCCAGUGCCGUUGUUAUUCAUGCCCUGAACAAUUUGACCGUCACCGGAUUCGUGGAAGACACAACGAUGUUUGAGAAAUGCAGUAAGGAAUGCUUCGGAAAACUUGACGUGGACGGUCAGGGAGGGCUAUCGAGGGAGAAGCUACGUGCAGGGUUUGGCAAACUUUUGCCGGGCAUCGGGUACGUAUCGCAGCCGAAAGACGAAAUCAACGUCCUGCAUGAUGAAAUAUUUGAGAGAUUUGAUGCGGAUAAAAAUGGUGUGAUCGAUGGUCAAGAGUUUCAGACUCUGUUGGCGGAGACGAUGCUCGCGGUGGCGCGAGGGAUCGGGGGUUCGCCGGUUCUGGUGGCGCUUGAACAUGGCAGCCUCCUCAUGAGGGCUGCUGAACAUGAAAAGGCAAGAGUAUGCAAAUAGCUGGGAUCAAAUAAUUUUCAUGAUCUUUGUAUUUAAUGGUAUUUUUGUAUACAUCUAGCUACAAAGAUAGUAAAUGAAUGAUGCUUGGAAUAAUAUAUUCAUAGGCAAAAAGAUGUGAUGAACCUGAAAAUUUUGGAAUACUUGUUUAAUUUUCAGGUGUUAUAUAUGGAGCAUUUUUGUUUUAUUACUUUGGGUUGUAUGGAUUUGUUAAGAUUUUGCUUUUGUUAUAUAUUACUUUGCGUAUA